AGCAUCAGUUGAAUCCAAUCGAUUGCUUGCGCACUUAGCAUCCCAAAGCCACAACAACCAGAAUCAAUAUGAAGUUCUUCUCAGUCGUCACCGUCUUCGUGUUCGGUCUGCUGGCUCUGGCCAACGCUGUUCCCCUGUCGCCCGAUCCAGGAAAUGUGGUGAUCAACGGCGACUGCAAAUACUGCAAUGUGCACGGUGGAAAGUAGGAAAGUACUCGCCUGAAACUCGAAGAUGGGCCAAAACUUACCUCAAAACCUAAAGACAAUAUUUAUACUCUCACUCUUGUACUAAAAUGAAAACUAGUUGUAAAAAACAUUGCCAAGUACAAAUAAAAUGAUGAAAAACAAAACUA